ACGAGCCUAGAAAUCUGGCAAACAGAAAGCUUUUCUUCCUCUCUACUUUGUAACGGCCAGAUUCAUUCUGGGUUGUUGAGACGUUUUCUUGUUGAGCGCACUCGUGACUGCAUGCGCUGAUCUACACUGCCUUAUCUGGUAGCUACUGACUGAUUGUAGAUCUGCAUAAGUGCUGCAGUCAGUCUAUCUGGACUUAUUCAGUUAUUGGCAGCUCUACCUAGUGGUAGGUCUACACGUUACUUUCCAGGCCGAGGACACUGCCGCUACACGCUGUAGCCCCCUCAGUCUCACUUCUACGGCUUCGGUUCUGCUCGCGCCAGCUCAAGUGUUGCACUCGAUUCGACCACUUUCGCACAGCCCGACAAGCAGCUGAUCCCGUCGCCGUCACUGGUCAGCUGAGGGCGGCUUAUCGUCUCGAGUGGUUGCAACAACUUACUUACUUCCACCUUUUUGAAUAGAGCCACAUACGCCAACGGCCGACAGUCGAAGAAAAUAUCGAGAAAGAACGCCAUGGAACAACAACUAGAGUUCUCCGAGUUCGCGUGGAUGGAGCAUCUUGAGGAUUUCGACCGCGAGGUGGAGAGGCAGUUGCAAGAAGAAGACACGAUUUCCCUGGAAUGGCACAGCAUGAUGGACGAGGAGGAGGCCUACUUUGACCAAAUGCGGGAGGACGAACUGUCAUCGUCGAAUGACUCACUUUCGGACCUGAACCCACUGGCUGAUCCGUUCGUGCCCACUGUUCUGGAGCAAGUUGCUCUGUAGGUGUACUGCAUGGUGACCGGACUGAGCAGUAAGAAGUAUUCCGGUGCAGCAGUUGCAGUUAGUAAGCAAACAUUGUUUUCGGCAAGUUUUAUUAGCAAUCGUCCCCAUAUGAAGAUUUUUUUUUGAGCACUGAGCAGGCUUCCUUGCCCGACCUCGUGAACCCGAAGUAUUCCUGAGCCUGGCAGUAUAACCCAUUUGUUUUCUUGUUUGUGUUUGUUGAACCAACCAAUUGCCAUUUGACUCCUUUGAAGAAACCAUUGAACAGAAAAUUACCUAGAUAACACGUGAUGAUUUUUGAUUUUGUCAGCGACGAGUGACAACCUCUCUCCAACUAGUUUGACUGUCAGAAUAUAGUCUUGAUUCCGAUUUUUUUUUUGAUAUAUCACCCAUAUCUCCUACUUGGCUUGACAGAGCUGACAAGACAGUUAUAUUCUCGAUGCGCACACGUUAUUACACAUGCGCUCGGUUAGAAUUGUUAGCCGCUUGGCUGAUCGAGCAUGCUCUCUUGCCCAUUUCUUUCACAUCUCUAUUCCCCUCUAUCUUUCUGAGACUAUCUUCUGCUCAGUAGCUUGUGAGGCUGUUUGUCAGUCAAGUCGCUGUCGUUUCAAAAGCUCUUGGCACAAAAAGUACAUUUUGCUGCAUUUGCACAUUCUGUUUACUACCGUAGUACAGACUCUGGUUCAGUUUCAUGGCUCUGUUUAUUACUUGUACUCCGGCUGCCUUGCUCUGAAGAUAGUUUGAAAUACCAAAAUCAAUGUGAAUCAA